AUGGCAAAUAAUUGUCGUAAAAUGCCUCUCCUCAAAACUAUUCACAUGGACAAUGCAUAUUAUUCUCCACCUCCACCAUCGCCGCCUCUUCUUCCUCCUCCUCCGCCACCUCCAUGCUCCCCACCUCCACCUUCACCCAACUCAAUACCACCACCACCACCAGCGUCAACACCUCCCGGUGGUCCAGUGGUGCCACCACCACCACCAACGUCAACUCCUCCUGGUGGUCCUAAUGUGCCACCUCAAAUACCUAGUGCACCACCAUCACCAACUCCUCCUGGUGGUCCUAAUGUGCCACCUCAAACACCUAGUGCACCACCACCACCACCAACGUCAACUCCUCCUGGUGGUCCUGUUGCGCCUCCACCACCACCAAAUAAUGCACAACCACCAAAAUCAACUCCUCCUGGUAGUCCAGCUGUGCCACCACCACCUCCUGGUGGUUCAGUCGUGCCACCACCAACACAUACUUCACCACCUCCACCAUCAACUCCUCCCAACAUUCCGGUCUUAUCUCCACCAACUUAUGGGCCACCAGCACCACCUAUCGCCACCACUCCAUUUGGACCACCACCACCUUCAGGCGGCGGUAGCAACCACACCACUGUCAUUGCUGUAUGCGUCUCACUCGGUGGUGUUUUCUUCCUCGCAUUUCUUGCCAUUGGUCUCUUCUGCUUGGCAAAGAAGAAGAAGAAGCCUGUUUUGUUGCUGGCAGCUGCUUCCGUGGAGGAAGAAUGUGAAGAAACUGAAGUCAGCCCAUAUGCUGGCGAAACCGUGGCGGUAGCAGUUCCAGAUGACCAUCAAAUCCAUGAAAUUGAAAUUAUAGGUGGUGCAGACGGUGGCGGUGGCUUGUCUGGUGGAGCCACCGGGAGCCCUCCUUGUGGACCGGAUGUUCCUGGGCCUUCCACCCAUAGUCCAAGCUAUCAGCAAUAUGGCUAG